GCUCUGUCUUCUCUUUCGUUUUUUUUAAAAUCCUAUAUCGCUGUCCGGCAUACUUUGGUCCGGGAACGACCAAUUCCCCCCCUCUCUCUCUCUCUCGGACAUUUUUACAUACACCUGAGCGGCGCUAUUGCACUCGCGGUUGUCCUAGGGUUUGCAUUUGCCGCGUCCUGCUCGGACAGGAUAACCAGACUUCUUGCCCCGUUGGUUUUUUGAUGGGUGUGACCGAAAUAAGCGGCUUCUCCGCUCUUUGCUCCGCUAAAUUGAACGGCGCCCGGCGACCCAUUUGCCCGUUCGAGAGAAUUCAGAGGAGGGUCGUCGCCAUGGCCUCCGCCGUGGACGUCCAGCACUUGAGCGAGGCCAACCAGCAAUUGACGGGUGCCUCGUUCAUUCGGCCUCAUCUGAGGAAACUGUCUCCUUACCAGCCCAUUUUGCCUUUUGAGGUUUUGUCUACUCGUCUUGGAAGAAAACCAGAGGACAUUAUCAAAUUAGAUGCAAAUGAAAACCCAUAUGGCCCUCCUCCAGAGGUUUUUGAAGCUCUAGGGUCAAUGAAAUUCCCAUAUAUAUACCCUGAUCCUGAGAGCCGUCGGCUUCGUGCUGCUCUUGCUGUGGAUUCUGGACUUGAAGCUGAUUACAUUCUUGCAGGAUGUGGAGCAGAUGAACUUAUUGAUUUAAUAAUGCGAUGUGUUCUGGAUCCUGGUGAUAAGAUUGUAGACUGUCCUCCAACAUUUACAAUGUAUGAGUUUGAUGCUGCAGUUAAUGGGGCACAUGUUGUCAAAGUUCCUAGGAAGUCAGACUUCAGCUUAAAUGUGGAACUCAUUGCUGAUGCUGUCGAAAAGGAGAACCCUAAAUGCAUAUUUUUAACUUCUCCUAAUAAUCCAGAUGGGAGUAUUAUUGGUGAUGAAGAUCUCAUUCAAAUCCUGAAACUCCCAGUGCUGGUUGUGUUGGAUGAAGCAUACAUUGAGUUUUCGGGGAUUGAGUCUCGGAUGAAAUGGGUGAAGAAGUAUGAGAACUUGAUUGUUCUCCGGACAUUUAGCAAAAGAGCUGGUUUAGCUGGACUUAGAGUGGGUUACGGAGCAUUUCCUUUGAGCCUUAUUGAGUAUUUGUGGAGAGCGAAGCAACCUUAUAAUGUAUCUGUUGCUGCUGAAGUUGCUGCAUGUGCAGCAUUGCAGAAUCCAACUUAUCUGGAGGAUGUUAGAGACGCUCUGGUACGAGAAAGAGAGAGACUUUUUAAACUGCUGAUGGGAGUUCCAUUUCUCAAUCCAUAUCCUAGCCAUUCUAAUUUCAUUCUUUGCGAGGUCACAUCUGGAAUGGAUGCUAAAAAGCUGAAGGAGGACCUUGCCAAAAUGGGUGUCAUGAUCCGUCACUACAACAACAAAGAGUUGAAGGGCUAUGUCCGUGUAUCGGUUGGGAUGCCUGAGCACACAGAUGCUUUAAUGGACGGUCUUAGUCGCCUCUCACAAUGAAUCUCUGUGAUUCCACGGCUCUUUCUGAAGAACGAGGUGGAACAGGAAAUAGAUCUCCCUCACAUUCUCUACUGCUAAAAACAUUUGCCUUGCUCAUGUAGAAUUUUCUUAGACAGGUUGAGUACAAAAUCCUUGUUCUAGUUGCUGAGGGACGUGUAAGCAUACCUGAGGCCGUGGACGUGUAUUUUGUUUAGGUUAACUAUUCUGGAUGCGGCUGUUCAAUUUAUUCCAGUGAGAUUUCACUGUGUAGCAGUUACUGAUAGCCCCAUCUUUCAUCUCUAUAACAAAUCGAUAAGACUUUUACAGA